AUGGAUUCUAGCAGCCGCAAAGCUGCAGCGGCGAUGGCCACGGCGCGGAGGCAUACCGCGGACCGACUACUCGGCAGCGUGCACGGACGCGCGGCCGGCACCGACCUCCCGGACCUUGCCGAAGAUGAGGUAUUCUGGCCCGCAGGCGACUCCUCCUGGUGGCGCCAGCCCGACCCGGACCGCUUCCGCCGCGAGGGCGAGGUAGACCGGUGCGGUCCACAUCGGCGCCCCGCCGCAGCAUCGUCGGCACCGGUGGUGGUCCCCGCCUGGCCCAGCUUCCUCAGCGACGGCACCGCGCGGUGGGAGGAAGCAGAGAAGGAGGUGGACGAGGAGGACGAGCGGUGGAUGCCGCCGCACGAAUACUUAGCCCGGGCCAAAGGGAGGAGCAGCUCGACGUCAGUGUUCGAAGGCACCGGCCGGAUGCUGAAGGGCCGUGACGUGAUCCGGGUUCGGGACGCGAUCUGGAGUCGGACCGGAUUCUACGGUUGA